UAUAAAUACACAGUGCACACUUUCGCUUCGACACUGUUUGACUUUGAGACGCUGCGGAGAGAGAAGAUCAUCAUGAUGAAAGUCUGCUUUAUUCUCGCCACUGUGCUGCUCACCAUACUGAGAAGUGGCCACGCUUCUCUUUCGGUGAAGGGACCGGCCGGACCUGUUGUGGAGGGGGAGGAGGUGACCCUGGAGUGCAUCAACUCCGUUGAAUCCGAAUUCAACAUGAGCUCAGUGCACUUUGAGAAGUGGUCACAGCACAUGAAGGUGUGGCACCGGCUGGACAUAGAUGAGUACAACUACUUCUACCGUCGCUGUUUCUACUACGACAUGAACGUGAAGAGAGAAGAUGGCCGCCUGCUCCUCUUCCUCCCCAGGAUCCAGACCUGGUCUGCCGGACCCUACCGCUGUGUCUCUGAGAACGCCACGGACGCCAUGAUCAACUCGUCCCUGACUUACACCAUACCUGUGCACUAUAUGCGAGAGGUGUCCGUGUUCAGAGAUGGCCUGACCACCUCGUUCACUCGCUAUUUCAGCUCGCUGCAGGAUCUGCGUGUGAAGCUCGGGGACAGGGUGGAGCUGGAGUGCUCCACCACAGCCUCGGAGACCCCUCAGUACUUCUGGUCCAAGGAGGGAGACGAUUGGAUUGUGCCCUCCAGUAAGCUGCGGCUGGAGCGCGUGAGGGACUUGGACAGUGGAAAGUACACCUGCACGGCUCAGCAUCCCACUGUGGACUCCCUCUCCAAGAAACGCACCAUCAGCCUCACUGUGUUGCCAGAGGACGCUGCGUGGUAUGAAACGACGACCGGCCGCAUCGCUCUGAUGGCAUCUGCUGCUGGAGUGGCUCUUCUGGUGAUCAUUGUGUCCACGACUGCCUGCCUGUGCCGCCGCUCCAAACAGAGGAAGGGCAAAGGGCCUAUUGACGACCGCUCCCAGAAGAAGCCCAUCUACAGGAACAGUGUGGAAUCUCUGACCUCCACCGCUGGGGACAAACAGCCUCUGGUGUAGAGAGUGAGAGAGAUGGAUGGAUGGAGGAGAAGAGAGGAGAGGAGAGGAGUAGGAGGAGAGGAAGAGCCUGCUGCUAGAUUGGAUAAGGGAUGGUCACGUUUGUCGCUGAGAAGCAGGCCAUGUGCUGAAUUGAAGAAAACGAUGUUGAGGCUGCGUCCAAAAAAAAAGAAAAAAAAGAAGCUCUGGCGAAAUGAUUGUUUUACGGCGGCGGUUCCUUUCGUGCUGCCGCGGCAACGAUACUCAUUCAACAAGAGGUGUGCAAUUUGCGCUAUAUUGAUUUCGCAAGGCAGCAAAAAAUUGAGAUUCACGAUUGUUGUCAAAAGGUGGUGGUUGUGGCUCGCGGGGUUGUGCUGGUGUGAGCUUUAAAUCUCUGCUGCGUUUUUUUUUUGAGAGGUAGCCUUGAGUAAGGAUGCUACUCUCUUUUUUUUUUUGUUGUUUGUUUUAUCAGCCAGCCUUUCUUUCAUGCUAGCCUUGGGUUGAAAGCAAGUUCUAUUCACCGUAUUAACAUUUCUUUUUUUAUAUCAUUAGAUAAUCAUAAUCAUUCACAGGGUUGAUGAUCUGCUGUAUCUUUUUUUGAUCUUUGAUACAAACAAUUUUAAACUUAAAAAAAAAAUAAUACGAAUCGUUUGAUCACAUGUAAACAGCUUAUUCUCUUAGUCUAAGUCUUACUUAAAAAAAAAAAAGCACCUUUACUGAAUCGUACCCAGGUCUGUUCCCAGGUCUGUGGAAGCACUUUACAUCUUUUCUGGACUAUAAUCUAAAGCAAGACAGAUGAUCACAAACCAUCAAACCAAGCUGAACUGUUUGAGUUUUUGCACCAGGAGUAAAGGCAUAAAGUUUUCCAAAAGCAGUGUGUAAGACUGGUGGAGGAGAAAAUGAUGCCAAGAUGCCACGAUGAAAACUGUGAUUAAAAACAGGGUUAUUCCACCAGAUAUUGAUUUCUGAACUCAAUGAACACAAUAUUAAUUUUACUCAAACAUAUACCUAUAAAAAGCAAAAUCAGAGAAAUAGUCUCGUUGCUCCUAUUCCAUUUCAGCUGGUUUUCAUUCCGGCUUCUCAUCAUUCAAUAAAACCCCUAUCCAGAUAAAUCUCUCCAUCCAGAUAGAGUGAAUCUGAUUUGAUCUUUGAUACAAACAAUUUUAAACUUAAACUUAAAAAAAUCUGAAUCGUUUGAUCACAUGUAAACAGCUUAGUAUCUUAGUCUAAGUCUUACUUUAAAAAAAAAAAGCACCUUUACUGAAUCGUACCUUCGGACUGUUCCCAGGUCUGUGGAAGCACUUUACAUCUUUUUGCACUAUGUUUGAUCUAUUUUUUUCUGUAUACUUUUUUUGUAAUUUCAUUAAACUGCUUUUAAAGAAGAUAA